CAGCCACUGCAUUGACUUGCAGUUGUAUUAUGAUUUUGCCAAAUUAUUAUGCAAUUUAUAUAUAUGUAUUAUAAAUUAAACGAGUUAUUUCCACAGUUCGGAGUGUGUGUAGAUGAAAUGGGGCAUUGUGGACAUUUCUUUCCUUCAUCGGAUGUGACUUCUAAAGGUACUGGCUCCAUUCCUAGCUUGAAGCAGAGACAAUAACCAAGAACAGGAGAUGGAAGUGAUGACUGCUCUUCACUUGUCAUCAGACACUGCUUUAACAGUCUCCCAGAGAGACUGAGAUUCGGGGGAGUCCUCUGCUGUACAAGCCAAAAGGGUGAAGACGGAAACAGACUACAUCCACAGCCCUGAACCGGACUUUAAAAGGAGACGAAAUGGCUUUCUUGGACAAUCCAGCCAUUAUCCUGGCCCACAUUAGACAGUCUCAUGUGACCAGUGAUGAUACAGGAAUGUGUGAGAUGGUACUCAUAGACCAGGAUGUGGAUCUGGAGAAGUGCCAGCUGGCUCUGGUGCCCGGCAGCAGCUGUGGGUCAACGGGGUCGGCCUCCCUGAGCGACGGGGGCGGAGGCGGCGGCAGCGUGACGGACAACCACGCCUGCGAUCUCUCCCAGUCCAUGGACAUCACCUCUAGCUGGGACUUUGGUAUCCGCCGGCGAUCCAACACAGCCCAAAGACUUGAAAGGCUAAGGAAAGAACGACAGAACCAAAUCAAAUGUAAAAACAUUCAGUGGAAGGAGAGGUCUUCCUCCCAAUCAGUCGAGGAUCUAGGCUCCUUGUUUGAAAAGCGAGACUUCAAAGACAGACCUCGGACAACAGGUACCAAAUCCACCCUCUCACUGCGGCUGGAGCAGUGUCCCCAGCAGCUCAACAACCCCUUCAAUGAAUACUCCAAAUUUGAUGGCAAGGGCCACAUCGGCACAACGGCUACAAAAAAGAUAGACGUCUACCUCUCAAUGCAAAUAGCUCAGGAGAAAGUUCACCCAAUGACAGUGGUAACCAUCGCCAACGCCCGCGUCCACGACCUCAUCGGCCUCAUCUGCUGGCAGUACACAGGCGAGGGACGAGAACCUAAACUCAAUGAGAAUGUGAAUGCAUACUGCCUCCACAUUGCGGAGGACGAUGGCGAGGUGGACACCGACUUCCCUCCACUGGACUCCAACGAGCCCAUCCACAAGUUUGGUUUCAGCACUCUGGCCCUGGUGGAGAAAUACUCCUCACCUGGCCUCGCUUCCAGACAGUCGCUGUUUGUAAGAAUAAAUGCUGCUCAUGGAUUCUCUCUAAUCCCUGUGGACAGUCUGAAGGUAACCAUGAAGGAAAUUCUCCAGAAAGCACUCAAGAAGAGGAAAGGCUCACAGAAAGGCUCAGGACCCUUGUAUCGUCUGGAGAAGCAGACGGAGCCAAACGUGGCAGUGGAUCUGGACUCUACACUGGAGAACCAGAGCACCCUGGAGUUCUGCCUGGUCAGAGAAAACAGCUCUAGGGGUGAGGAGAGCUCAGAGGAAGACCCCCCUAUUGACAUCACCACAGUCCAAGACAUGCUGAGCAGUCACCACUAUAAGUCCUUCAAGAUCAGUAUGAUCCACAAGCUGCGCUUCACCACAGAUGUCCAGCUAGGCGUUUCAGGAGAGAAAGUGGAGAUUGAUCCCGUCACCAAUCAGAAGGCCAGCACUAAGUUCUGGAUUCGACAGAAACCCAUCUCUAUCGACUCAGACCACCUCUGUGCCUGUGACCUUGUAGAGGAGAGAAGCCCCAGUCACGCCAUAUUUAAGGUCACGUAUCUUAGCAACCAUGACUACAAGCCUCUUUACUUUGAGUCUGAUGCUGCUACUGUCAAUGAAAUAGUGCUAAAGGUGAACUAUAUCCUGGAGUCUCGGGCCAGCUCUUCGAGGGCCGACUACUUUGCUCAGAAGCAGCGUAAACUGAGCCGGAGGACCAGCUUCAGUUUCCAGAAGGAGAAGAAGACCGGCCAGUAGAGAGACUGAAGCUGCUCAGCCACCUGUCUGUCACACAGAGACACACACACACACACCAAGCCUGACAGUCUUAUACACAGACAGUCUCAGGCUUGAUAUGAAAAGGAGAGUGACAAAGGAAAGUCACUUUUCACGAGGACAGAGGAGAAGAAGAAGACGGUCAGAGACAUGUGACGUGUCUGUCUCUGCAUCAGCUGAUGCUACGCACCAGAGAGGAGUCCACAUGCAAAAACAUUUCUUAUUCUUUUUCUAAAAAAAACAAAAAGAAAAAGACAAGAACAGAGGGUUUUGGAUGUCAUGUUGCCGUCAUUUUUUUUUUGUUCAUUCACUGCCUCUGAAUUUAAGCUCCGUCCUCUAGGAUGGAUUUGUACAGCUUCAAGUUGGUUAUAUACACCCAACAAACAUGAAUCAAAGCUACAAACUAAAUCUUUGCUUCUGUCUUCAUCUUUAACUGAUCUAAUACAACAGCAGUGAAAAAGAAAGCAUCACAUUUUUAAUGUCAUUUAACUGCAAUGAAUUAUAAGACAUUUUGCAUUCAGGAUUUGAAAUUAUGACACAAAAAUAAAAUAGUCCUGCCUGGAUUUUUAAACACAUUAUUUCCCUCCUGCCUUCAAUCCAGAUAAGCAAAUCCUUGGAAAUGAUCUAUGAGUAGUGUUGAUUCAGGGUGUUUAGGAAGGCUGUUAUCAUCAUGACAUUUUUUUUUUAGGUGAAAGCUUUGAAGA